AUCGACGCCGGUUCACCAGCAGACUCACCCUUUCACUCCUUCACCAUCCUGCGUUCUUUCGCUCCUUUCCUGGUCCGCAAUGUCUGGCGAGUACCUCGCUUCCCUCGCCGGGUGGUAUUUCCUGCCGGGACUCGUCACGAACUGGGCUCAGACCAUCUACUACAGCAUAACCAUCCGCGCCGGCGAACCGCACCCCCAGCCGGGCACGCCCGUCUUCAACCGACAUCGACGCAAUGUGUUCACCCUCGUCAUAGUGUCGUAUCUGCUCUUCACGAUAUACCAGACGGACUGGCAGCUCCGGCAGGUGGGCGACUUCUACAGUGACCUGGCGCUUCCCCGACACGCCGACGAGAAGACGCUGCAACGACUGCUCAGACGGGCACUGGCGCUGGCGCACCCAGACAAGUACGGCCCCAGCCAGCAGGAGAGUGCCGCGCUGGCGUUCGGUCGGGUGAAGGAGGCGUACGACACGCUGACGGAUCCCGUGCGGCGCUUUGCGUACGAGCGCUUCGGCCCGGACAUGCUCGCGUGGAAGAAUUGCAAGACGACGCGGGACUUUGUGAUGCAGGGCGCUCAGAGCAGCUGCGUGACGAUGCUAAGCACGCUGGUCGUGAUGCUGAUCGCCCAGACGUUCGGCCAGAUGCAGCACGGGAAGUACUGGCGGUACCUGACGCUGGCGGCGUUGCUCGUCUUCGAGCUGCACACCAUGACGCGGGCGACGGAGCCAGCGCUGCUGAGGUACGUGCUGAAUCCGCUACUGUCUGCGCUUCCGGGCUUUCGUCAUCCUCCGUACCUGCCGUUCCAGCUCGUCAAGCUGGCGCGCCAGACGGCUUUUUCGUUCUUCAUCGCCGUCAACCAGCUCGCGCCGUGGUGGGCGCCACCCGCGACGGCGGCCCAGGAAGAGGCCGUGCAGAACCAGUUGCUGUCUCAGAUUCGGCGAAUAGUGGCGGCCACCACACUCGACAGCCAGAGGCUGCUCGCGCUCGAGCAUGCCCCUUUCGCGGGCAGUGCUCGAAGCGAGUCGGCCAUGCGUGAACGACUCGUGGAGUGGCUUGUGCAGAACGAGGUCAGGAAUGACCCUGCCGUUAGCGCAGCGAUGAAGAGGGCGAUUGAGCGGAGAAACGCGGAGGUAGAUGCCCACGGAAGCGGAUGAUGUUGAUCGUGACGAUGGUGCUGCUGUUGUUCAUGAUAGACGACGCUCUCGCCUGCACUACGCAUGGAUCUUCGCUAAAUCAUGUCCACGAUUCGGAAUACACGUAUUUCUCCAGAUGGACUGCGAAGCUCAAUCGAUAGCUGCUCGCUUCUAAUAGCUAAGAUACACGGAGCUUACGGAUCGCGUCGACCGCAUACGUGCUCCUAAUGCGUCAGGCUCUCAAUCAUCUGGUGUUGCUUCUUGGCCACUGUGAAGGUCAUCCGUCCUUCAACCACCAUAUUAUUCUGUCAAAAGCAAGAAUCUUCGAUCACCACCGCCGAAUAUCAAUCUUUUGUGUUAUAUUUCAUUUACGCUCACCAUUACACACCUCAAGACUUCUGCCGAACCUCGACAGUGCACCCUUGCGUCUCGCUGCGUAGGAAAGACAAACAUGAACUCGAU